AUGGCUGAGGGGGCCGAGCCCAUGCACAAAUCCCAAGGUGCUGAAGUUAAAACACAGCAGACCACAGAAAAAUGCCUUGGGGGGCAGCUGAGGCGGAGCCGCCGCUCUGUGCUCAAAGUGUCCCAGCUGUUGUUACGAGCCAUCACUGCGCACAAAGGCCUGACUCUGGCAACUCUCAAGAAGGAGCUUGGGAAUGCCGGCUACGAAGUGCGCAGGAGGUGUGGCCGCCACUCAGGCGAAGCCUCCAAGUCCGAUGUGAAGGGCACCCUCCUUCGAGUUAGCGGCAGCGACGUCGCCGGCUACUUUAGGGUCUGGAAGAUUCCAAAGCCCAAGAGAAAGCCAGGACGCCCGAGGUUGGAGGAGGGCCUGCGCGCUCCGAGGAGGACCCCUGUCGGAACACGCAACCCACGCAGGCGCUGCUGCGGGCGUCGCAGGGCUGCCAAGAAGGCCAGGGAAGUGUGGAGACGGUGCUGGAGGGCAGACUCGAGGAUGAGGAGGGUAAGGCCCAGGGUCAAGGACUCGGUGAAUUACAGAGCCAGGGAGGACUGCAAAGCCAAGGCAGUGGACGAGGGGAGACGACGGACCAAGAAGGAAGACAUCAGGCCUAGGACCCGAGAGGAGAAGAGGCCAAGCUCGAAGCCCAGGGAAGAGAAGAAGCAGGAGCCAGAGAAGCCGGUAAAACGGACCAUCCAGAAGUCAUCCUCAGUUAAAACUGACCGGACCUCGAAUGUGCAGGGGAAGAGCCAUGACUCAAGGCCAGCUCGCACAAAGAAUUCCAUUAAAUCUGAAGGGCCUCGGAAUGCAGCCGGGAAUCCAUAG